CCAGGUGGGCGCAUUUUAAAAACAUUUUGAUGAGAAGAAAACUAAUUGAACCAUGCGCCACUCCAGCAUGAAAGUGGAUUUAUCUAACUUUUUUAAGGACGAACGUCGACAUUCGUUAGUUUUUAUAGAUGCAGAAUGGCAAAACAUCAAGGACCUCCAGGACCACAUACAAAACCUCUUCAGCUUGAAGGAUAUUAGUCUGCUCACCACAGAUGGAUGCUUUCUGCCCCCGAGGGAGUCUAUCAAAGUGCUGAAGGCCGCCGAAGGGCUCAAAGCCUUUCGGUUGGCCAGUUUCGAUAAUGAAACCUUUUUAAGUCCUGCUCCUGUAAAAUGCAGCAAAAAGCGGAAGAACCGAUCCGCUGAUGAACAGGUUCACCUAUCUGCUUCCACUCCCCUUCGACCAUCAAAGCGCUCCAAGAACCACAGCAAGGCAGAUUGGCUUGAAAUUGCGGCAGGACCAUCUUGUGUGAGAACGGAUGAGAUGGAAGGUGAGGCUCCUGAAUCUUCGGUGCAGUCUAAGCUUUUAAAAAACAAGAGCACUGCAAAGACCCAUGAAACUAAGACAGAAGUUUCGAACAUGUCAGUGACAAUUGUGGCAGAGAACAAGGAAUCUUUUCCUCAGACUCAAAAACUAUCCAGAAGCACGAAACGGCCAAAAUCGCCCGGCGGUACUGACCAGGAAGAGAACGAACCUGAUCCUGAGGGUAUUUCUCAAUGUCCGCUCAAGGAAGGUAAAGUGUCAGAAAGCAAGAACCAAACGAAAACGCCUAACAUUCUAUUAGAAAAAUUUGGUGCUGUAACGCUGCAGGAAGACAAAACUCAAGAGGAGCAACAAGAAAAUGCUCAACAAAAAGCUGUGGAUCAAAUUGAGAAGGGUCCUAAGAUUUCUGCUAGUCUCCCAUUGAUCUCCUUCCGCUCCCCUCUUUUGGAUAUGUCCUUUAAUGUUCCGCGCAUAUUUCAAUUUGCAACUCGAACAAAAGAAGUCGAAAUUUUGGAAAAUAUUAAACUUACGCCUAUCAACGCACGCUUUUUGCCGCAAAGGGAGGCUAAGAUCGAUGACUCGGCUAAACAAGUCUCAAGCAAUGGGAAAGAUUCAACUUUAGAGAUCGAAUCCGACACUGUACGCGAAAAAGAAUCUCCAAAUGUUCAAGAUAAAGAAACAGUUUCAAAAGAUACAACGACGGCAGACGCUACUAUUUCGGAAGACAUAAUUGAAACAUCAAAAACUCUUCGGCAGACUACAACUGGAGUUGAAUCCGCUUGUCUAGACAAUUCGACUGAACCUGAGACCACUCUUCUGUCUGAAGCUGAAGCAACUAAUCCACUUGAAAUUACUGAUUCCGAAUUACUUCUGCAGAACAACACAACUAUGGAAGAAACAUCCAAAGCAGAAACAAUUCUGCCACAUGACGCGAAUGCAUCUCUGAUUAAAAUUAAAGUUGAUUCUGAGGAUGUUAAGCUGCCGCCAGUACGCAUUUGUGCUGAACAACUAGUAUCCGAUUCCGAUGACGACGUGAUGGUGGUAGAUGACUCCAAUAUGGACGUUUCAGACUCUGAUUCGGAAAUAGAGCCGGUUCCAGUCGUAGAAGAUAGGCGGUCUAUAGACAUUAUUAAGGACCUAAUGCGAAGUGCAACUCCGCUUACGGGCCUGCCGACCAGGGGCGAUACGGUUCUAUUUAAGCUGCUGAAGAUUAAGGGAAACGCAAACUCAGGAACAACCGAUUUUAUCGCCGGGAACUGCACUUACGUGAACCGGCGCACAAAAAUCGUCACAGUGGAAACAAUAACUUAUCCCCCCGAAAUUGGACGCAUAAUGACUCAAUAUUAUAUGAGUGGCAUGGAUGAGUCUUUCGAAGAUGUGCGUACUUUAAGUAUCCAUCUUAAAGAUAUGAAUGAAGCCAAAAUCGUUGUUGCCACAAUUGACUGAAUAUUAUCAUAAUUUUGUGUACAUUCUUGAGUUCUAUUUCCAGGGCUUCGUAAAUUUAUAGCUUUUAAAAUACAAACGAUUAAACAACA